CUAUAUCUUGCGACGCAGUGGUUGGCUUGGCAACGGCAAUUGACGACUUUCCCCCCUUAAGAAUCUGUAAACAAAGCAUUUGUUGUGUUCUGUUAUAGAAAAACCAGAAAGCCUCGGAGACUAUAACCUUUUCUGUGCGAUGAUUGAGUCGUCUGUAACUUCUUUAGGUGCGAAAGUUGUCCUCGUUGCAUCCAGCGAUGAAAAUCACCCACCAGAAAACAUUAUCGACGGAAACACUAAAACGUUUUGGAUGUCCACUGGGAUGUUUCCUCAAGAGUUCAUCAUUCACUUCCCUGAACCUACAAACAUUGGCACUGUGACAGUGGACAGCUACAAUGUGAAGCACCUGAAAAUAGAAAAAAACACCUCACAAAAUGCUUCUCAAUUUGAGCCUGUUGCAGAGAAAGAGUUUGAAAGUACAGAGGGACAUCUUCAGUCAAAUGCUAUAACACUAAAUGGAUGCAGUGCCACCCACCUUCGUUUCAUCAUCACCGCGGGAUAUGAUCACUUUGUCUCAGUUCACAGAGUCAGUGUAAAAAAUUAACACACAUAAUUAAAAUGAUUGUGUGUAUAACAUUUACGAGGUGUGAUCAUAAAGUUAUGCGGCGAACCCAUAAAAAUCAAAAACCA